GCGCCGCCCCCCGCGGGCAGCGAGGCGGGGCCGGCGGGCGCUGGCGCUGCCCCGGGAGCCGCCGCGGAGCCGCCGCCGGACGGAGGGGAACGAGCGAGGGGCAGCGGGAGCGGAACUGACGCUGUCAAGCAGAGUUGACACCUAUGCCUGGAGCAGCAGGUCGCUCUGAGCCCACUGCAUAAAGAGAUCUCUGUCUGUCUUCAUCUGGAGCUGCUGCAGGACAUCUGCUGCCUUCUCUCCGGUGUAGCUGCAAGUAUGACUUGACGGAUGCGCAUCCAUGGCUCUUGGAUGAUCUGGUGAACCAUGGAGCUCAAAGUAUGGGUGGAUGGAGUCCAGAGAAUUGUGUGUGGGGUCACCGAGGUCACAACAUGCCAGGAAGUUGUAAUAGCCCUUGCUCAGGCCAUUGGGCGCACCGGGCGGUACACGCUGAUCGAGAAGUGGCGGGACACGGAGCGGCACCUGGCGCCGCACGAGAACCCCAUCGUGUCCCUCAACAAGUGGGGACAGUACGCCAGCGACGUGCAGCUGAUCCUGCGGCGCACCGGGCCCUCCCUGAGCGAGCGGCCCACGUCGGACAGCGUGGCGCGCAUCCCCGAGAGGACGCUGUACCGGCAGAGCUUGCCGCCCCUGGCCAAGCUGAGGCCGCCCGGGGACAAGUCCAUGAAGAGGAGGGAGCCCAAGAGGAAAUCCCUCACCUUCACCGGCGGCGCCAAGGGGUUAAUGGACAUCUUCGGGAAGAGCAAGGAGUCUGAGUUCAAGCAAAAGGUGCUCAACAACUGUAAAACGACGGCGGACGAGUUGAAGAAGCUGAUCCACCUCCAGACGGAGAAGCUGCAGUGCAUCGAGAAGCAGCUGGAGUCCAACGAAGCUGAGAUCCGCUACUGGGAGCAGAAGUACAACGCCAGCCUGGAAGAAGAAAUCCUCAAGCUGGAGCAGAAGAUCAAACGGAACGAAGUGGAGAUCGAGGAGGAAGAGUUCUGGGAAAACGAGCUGCAGAUCGAGCAGGAGAACGAGAAGCAGCUGAAGGAGCAGCUGCAGGAGAUGAGGCAGAGGAUCCUGGAGUGCGAGAACAAGCUCAAGGACUACGUGUCUCAGAUCCACAACAUGGAGAGUGGCCUUGAAGCAGAGAAGCUGCAGCGGGAAGUUCAAGAGUCCCAAGUGAACGAAGAAGAGGUGAAGGAAAAGAUCGAGAAGGUGAAGGGUGAAAUUGAUAUUCAGGGCCAGCAGAGUCUGAGGUUGGAAAAUGGCAUUAAAGCUGUAGAAAGGUCUUUGGGCCAAGCGACCAAGAAGUUACAGGACAGGGAACAAGAACUGGAGCAGCUGACAAAGGAGCUGCGACAGGUGAACCUGCAGCAGUUCAUCCAGCAGACAGGAACGAAGGUGACGGUGCUGCCGGCAGACCCCGUGGAGGUGGAGGCCCCACAUGUGGAGCUGGAGAGAGAGGCAACAUUUCAGUCUGGGUCACUGAAGCGCCCUGGCUCCUCAAGGCAACUCCCCAGCAACCUUCGGAUCCUACAGAAUCCCCUGUCGUCUGGUUUUAACCCGGAGGGCAUUUAUGUAUGACAGUACAUACCUCUUCUGGAGAGGACCUAGCAAGGUACCCUGGACAAGAUACACUUUAUUUUAUUCUGCCAAUGAUGAAUGGAAGAAGUUUUUUCUUGUUUUGUUUUGGGUUUUUUGUUACGCCACCGUGUUUUUGUUUUUUUUUUUCUUCUUCCUCCAACACACCACUCGGAGCCAUACCCUGUGCACUGAUGCUAAAGAGACAUGAGCUGUCUCGAUUCCUAACUGGCAAGGAUGACCUUGCUGUCAACACAGCUAGAGUGCAGAAACCUUCGUUGUUUUUGCCACUUCAGAAGUGUUUGGGAAAGUAUUGUCGCUUGUAUAGGCAUAAAUGGAAGACUGAGGGUGAAGGAAACCAUGUAUGCAACUUCCCUGAGGUUUAAUUUAUUCCCUUUAAUCAAUGGACCCGUGAAUGUUGACCUUUUAUAUUUUUAUUUUUAACUUGUGAAUAAUCACGUAUGGCUGUGCGUCAGUCUGACAAGGUGACUUUAAUUUGUGUGUGCAAACACCCCCAAUUUGAUCAAGUACAGCAACCUGCAAUGCAGAGUUCUGUGGGGUGCUGAACCAUUACAGUGGUUUCUCACCACUAACUUUGUUCAUUUCUGUUGUGGGUCAUAAUAUGUCAUGUUCCAUCCAUUGCUACCUUUUAAGGCUUGAAAAGUGAGCUUGUGGGUUUUACUUGCUGUUGAAUCUGCCUUUGAAUGAAGCACCUAGUGUUCAAAAGAUUUAUGGAUUUUAAACCUUGGCUUGGUAAAAAUAUUUCCAGCAUAUAACUGAGGAUGCACUAGUUAGAUGAUAUUUUAUUAUAUAGAAUGUAUAUUUGAAAUAUUUUGCCACAUUGUAUAUGCCUUUUGAGAAAAGAACAAUGUAAGAAGUUGUCUUCAUAUAUCUUACCAAAAGAGAGUCGGAGGCUUUUCACUGUGUGUGAUUUUGUACUUUAUUUUUUUCCACUAGCCAUUACAGUGUUCUUGUUUUGAGGUAAAUCUUGCGUUGGAGGAGAAGAAAGACACAAAACAAAUGGGCAUCCUCUUCCAGCCUUCCAGAAUUCACUCAAGUUUUGUGGAGGGAAGAAACCUGGCAGAGUCCCUUGAAGUCAAUAGCAAAGCUUUCUCUGAAGUGAGGGGGACCAGGAUUUCAUUCGAGUUUAGCCCCUCUGAAAGACAUGUUGCUGCUCAGUCACUUGCAGAAUGUAAAGCUCACAAGCAGGAAAUUCACACAUUUGGUCGUCAUUUUUUGCAAAACACGUGAAAAGAGAACACUUUUGUAUCUUGGUGUUGCUCUAACGCAAUCAAAGCUGAGCAAGGAUUAAACAGAGUGGUUUCCCAGCAGAAAAUUCAGACAAUACCAGGUAAUUUGUUGGUUAUAGACCUUGAUGUUAGAUUGCUAAAGGGGACACCAGGUUUGUGGAGAAAGUGACUGCCAUCAGUGGGACACUAAACAUUGGAGGUUGCCCUCAUGGAUGAGUUAGAGAAGGGAUGGGCCUUCCCUAGUUGUGUUUGGAUUUUCUGUUCUAACAGCAGCUCAUAGCACCAUCCCCACCUUGGAGAUCCCCUUGGCACGAGAGGGGGACAUCAUGCUCUCACUCAGUACUGAAGACGGGCUUAGUCAGUGGCAAAAGGACAGAGCUCCUGAUGGCUUUAGUAGGGUCAGGAUUUUACCACUAGUAGGAAACUCCAAGCUUUUUGCCACAGAAAAAUACUUAAUUCCUAGCAUCCUCUUGUGUUGAUUUACUGAUGUGCAGAUAAAUGUUAAUUUAAGUCUCCUUUUUAAAAAAAGGAGCUUCCUGACAAUGGAAGUUUUAAAAGAUAUAGUAGAAGAUGAAGGAUUCUUGAGUGUUUAUUGCAUCUUUUUCCCUUUCCACUUAUUAAUGGCAUCAUAUAUUCUAAAAAUGCUGCUGUAUUUAGACUAACAGCAACAGAUAAGGCUGUGAAUAUAUAAAGGACCUUUCCAAAUGGACUCUGAAUUUUUACUGUUUAACUUAUCAUCAGGUCUUUUUUUUUUUUUUAAUCUUCCAUCUUCCCUUGUGAGCAAACUGGAAAAUUAUAUGUUCCUACCUGAGGAAUCUUUGCAGUGCUCACAGAUUUUAUUGUUAGUUUAUCACAAUUCUGUGCUCAUGUUUACUGUGCCCGUAACUUUGUAUUAAACAAAAAAGAAAGAAUGUGUGUAUAUAUAUAUAUAUAUCUAUAUAUUAAAAAAAAGUGUAAAAUAUACAUAGUUUGGGGACAAUAUCUGUCCGAGGUACUUGAGCAUAUAUGCCUUACAUUCUGGGUUCAACUUACAGAAGUGAAAUGGCCCUCUCCAGUGGAUAUCUUGCGUCUUCAGCACCUCUUGAUGUUAGAGAACUGAGGCACUCAGCACCUUGCAAAGUCUGGCCCAAAUUAUGCUGCAUGGGGGUGGGGGGAAACAGUCUUGUCCUGAGAUGAAGUAUUUUUAAGGCAGAUCAGCAUACUUACCCCAGCUAAUGUUUCUGUCAUACUUUGUGACCGGUCCAUCUCCCACAGAUGUCAGUUGGAGCUGAAUUGGGCUCUUGCAUCAUAACAACUGCUCUCUUUCUCUGCCAAGUUAUUCUUUAGGAUGGAGGGAGGAAGAAAAGGAUUAAAAGGAAGGGUAAGAGCAGCUUUGGAGGGCUUUAUCUACGGCUUUGUAAUAGAAUCAAAGGAGAAAUUUGCCAUAUAAGUUAAAAGAGUAGCACCUGCUGACUGCAGCAGCUGUUUGACAGAGGGGCCGGCCUGGAGCUGGCUCAGGAGUGGCCACUGCACCAUCCCUGAGUGGACCCUCCCUGUCAGGGCUUUGGCACAUGUCAAGGUGAUCUGAAAAAUGUUCACAGCUUCAGCCACUCUUGUGGCCAAGGAGAGGCUUUGGUAUCCAGACCUGCCAUUUGUGAGACACUUGACAAAUUCCCCUGCCCCCACCAUACUCCUCUUGCUUCUUGAAUUUCACCCAGGCUGAAGUUCUGUAGCAUUUUCACCCUCUCUGUAAAUAAACCAAAAAGAAAUGGCAUGCCCUUGCAUUAAAUGUGAAUUGAGCAGUGUGUAACAGUUAGAAAAAUUCCUCACACUAUGGCGUUUAGAAUUUUGCUUCUGAUCAACUGCAGAACCUCACUCUUUCUUUACAACUGUAGAAAAAAUUCAUUUUCAGAAAUGUUCCAAACCUACUUAACAGGGCAUUAGCAGAAAGGAAGCUACACAUACUGAUUUUAACAAGUGCCAUAUUAUUUACUGGGCAGCAUGAUAAAAAUGGGGUUUUUUGCUUGCGUUAAAUAGUUGAACACACAAAGCACUAUUUUCCAGUGCACGGGGAAUUUAUAUGGAGAACUCCUGUAAUUUAUUACUAGUGGAAAUUAACUGUGUUAUCUCUCUCAUCCAUGAGGAUACAGGUUAUUUUUGCUGGAGAUGCUAUGUUGUUAGGGGAAAAGGGGGGGGUGACCAUUUGAAAAGCCAGUAGGUUAAGGCUAAGGUGAACAAUCCGAAUGCCCGAGCAAGGAGAAACCCAAGUCCCACUCUGAAAAGUCAGCUAGGAACACGCCUCCCAGGAUCUUUUAGUGGGACUUAGGUUCCCAAGUGCCUGAAUUGCUUCUGGAAAUGGUAUGUUAGCUUUGAGAUUACUUGCUUUUCUUGAACCCUUGCAAGUUGGGAGGAAGUUCUUGAAGAAAAGAACUACCCCUACUAGCAUUAGCAAUAUGCAAAUGUGUGAGGUAAGAGGGAAAAGAUCCUUUAGUGAAAUAAAAAUCUCCUCUUGGGGCAGCAAUUGCCUUGUUUUUAGCGUGAAGAGUAUUGCAUUAUUUUAGUGAACUGGGAUCAUAUGAGUAUGAUCCAAAAAAAAGAAUUGAUCCUGUAAUUUUUAGCGAGUUACCUUGAAGCAUAUAAAUUCCUGAUGUGCAUUAACUUGAGUGAAUUGGGCCUUAAUGAUCCAUGUAAAUAACAAAACUGUAUUCAGAUAUUUUUUUCAGAAAAUAGUCUCUAAUGGUCUGUACUGUAUUAAAAUAAGUGUCAAAGUGUUACUUUUAUAUUACACCUCUUUUUUUCUUUUUUUUUUUUUUAGAACAUUGAAACGUGCAUGUUUAUUCUAUUUGCUACAGUAUUUUAAUGUUUUGGAUGAAGGCCAUCGGUUGUAUGGAGAUGACAAAACAAUAAUUCUGUCUAUUUAUUCAGUAUUGCUGCUUAAAGUUUUCAAAAUAAAGCUUUCAAUGCCAAUAUAGUGACUGAUUGAAAGCUGUU